GUCACUUCUUAAACACCGCGCCCCCAAGCAAGAAAACGUGUGAUAGAAUUGACAAAUAGGCGGAGGCGCCGUGUGUGGGCCUGUUACCACGCAUGCAUUAUAUUUAGACCCAAAAGUUUGGGUCUGCUUAUAGAAACCGAUGUCUUUUAAAGACCUUGCAAUAGCUCACCCUAUUUCCCAUUACCUAUUUCUCAUCGUGUGCAGUUUCCUCGUAUAUACUUGGAUACCUACCACGUAACUCCAAUUUGUUGGCAAUCUUUCAUCACAACAAUGGCCACUGCUGAAUUUGCUACCGCUGAAAUGAGUGGCUCGCAAUGCUGUAACCUCGGAGAUCAUGAUCAGCGUUGCCGGAUAGUCAUCAUCGGAGGGGGUUCUGCCGCAUUCGCAGCCGCGACUGCUGCCGCACCAUUCGCAGCGUCUGUUAAAAUUGUGAACGAGGGCUUACCUAUGGGCGGCACAUGUGUGAACGUUGGCUGCGUUCCUUCGAAAUUCCUCAUCCAAGCGGCUCAUAUAAGCAGCCCUUACAAUUCCAGUCCGCCAUACCAUGGGUUUUCGAACAUCUCAGAGAGAGUCACCGAUUUCGCUGCGUUAACGACACAGAAUCGCCAGCUCGUGGAAGAUCUCCGUGAGAAGAAGUAUGCCAAUGUUAUUGCCGGGUUUGACAACAUUGAGUAUGUCCAAGGACUGGGAAGAAUUCUCAUUAAAGGCGACUUUUUCUCCGUUGCUGUCGAUUGCGACCCAACCAAGGAAACGCCUUACCGAGAACUACUAGCGGACCGAGUGAUCCUAGCCACAGGCGUACACACCAGUCUUCCGAAGCAGUUGCUGCCGGGUUUGGAGGAAGUUCCGUUUCUCACAAACGAAACUGCUUAUUUUGAACCGAUCCUACCCAAGUCCCUUAUUGUGCUCGGUGGAGGUUACGUUGCGGUGGAAGCAGCCCAGAUGUUUGCGCGACUGGGCUCUCGGGUGACAAUUCUGCAACGAUCAUCGCACGUGCUCUCCGGCGCGGGUGAAGAUAUAGGGUUGGCUUUAACUGGCUAUUUGCAAGAGGAAGGGAUAGAAGUGGUGCUUGGCCUCGACAUUUUAUCUGCGACUCUUGAUGAUGGCGAGGUCAUGGUAACGGCGAAACCGCCCAGCGGAAAGCUCCAGACCUUCAAAGCAUCGAAGAUCUUCAUUGCCACUGGCCGGUCUGCCAAAACGGAAAAUGUGUCUGAUGUGCCACUCCGGCUGUCUGAUUCGCCGCAUGGCGGAUUCGUUGUUUCAGAAACCCUACAGACUUCCAUUUCCGGAGUGUACGCCGCAGGAGACUGUGUUGCCGGCUCGCCGCAAUAUGUGUACACGGCAGCAGCGGAAGGCAAACUCGCAGCGCUCAAUGCCUUGGCCUCGUUUAAUGGCCAAAAGGAGACGCCGAUUGAUUAUUCAGUCGUUCCUUGGGUUGUUUUUUCAUCUCCAGCUGUCGCUGGAGUCGGCCUCGAUGUCCAUGAAGCCCGAGCCAAAGGCAUCGAGGCCGAUGCUUCCAUUGUCCCCCUCUCCCUCCUUCCGCGGGCUAUCGUGCAACAGGAAACACGUGGCUUCGUGGCUUUAAUUCGGAAUAAGCAGGACGACACCAUUAUUGGAGCGCGUAUCUUGGCAGAGGAAGGCGGGGAGCUCGUCAUGGAAGCAUCUCUUUGUGUUCAACAUAAGAUCAGGGCCCAGGAACUGGCGGGGAUGUACCAUCCAUAUUUGACAUGGAAUGAAGCCUGGAAAUUAGCAGCUUUGGGGUUCGCGAAGGACGUCAACCAGCUUAGCUGUUGCGCAACAUAGCUAGGCAUGCCACCGCUUCAACUACCUGUCUAGUCUAGAAUAUGG